AUCCCCUUCGAGGCCAACUUGAGCCGAUUCACCAAAAAAAAAAAAAAAAAGGGUCAGGGUUGGCUAGAGGGUUGAUCUCGGCACUUGCUCUCCACCUCAGCCAAUCUAACCCCAGAGGACCUAAUCACAGUAAUUCAGUAGCUUGUCGUUGCUCUUUCUCGCACUCGCUCUCUCUUUCCGGUGGGCUGGGCAAUUGAGCAUUAGUCUCGACAAACAACCAGUUUCAACUCGGCAUCGCAUACCGUAUUGGCUCUUCCGGCAUCCUGUAAACAGCCUCGUUUUCCUUCUGCUUUCGCCAUCAGUGGCAGGUUCACUAUGUGGGACGUCGACUGGUCCGACGUUUCUAUCGAAAAGGUUGGGGAGAGACGAGCGCGCAAGGGAAUCGAAAGAAACUCAAAGAAGGAGGAUGUUCAGAGCGUACAUGGGUCAACAGGCAGCCGCCCCUCCUCGACUGAAGAGCGACCAGCCAUGAGCCUCUUUGAAUCCAUGGGCUUGAAGCGCAACAGUAUGUCAAUGAAGAACAAGAGGAAGGACACAUUGCAGCCAGAAACGACAAAGGACGAUGGCAAAUCAAGACGGACAUCUCUGCUGGCUGCUGCGGUUUCGGCCCUGGGCAAUACAAACCGGUCGUCGACUGUGUCUGACAAGUCUCUCAGACUGCAGACAACGCUCACAGAAAAGGACAUUGUAGAAGACACCACCACGGUAACAAGUGGGAGCUGGGGGGCGCCAACGGAUAGAUCAUCCAAAGAGUCAAUGCUCUCCAAGUCCACUGCCCUAACAACGCCGUCUCUGGACUUUCAGGGGGAAGGAACGAUGGGAGAUGUGCUUGCAUCAGAGGCACAAAAGCCCGUGCGCCCAAUGAGCGACUUGAUGAAGAAAGGCACAACCACCGACCACAACAGAGCUGUUGGUCCCGUGAGAGUCGCGAGCCUAGGAAACCAACCGACUAUUCUCAUAAACAACACAAUACCGCAAAUUCCGGCAACGCAGAAUUCACGCUCAAUAUCCUCUCCAUCAACAGAAUUUGAGAAACCGAUUCCCGUCACCAUGCCGGAGCCCAAACAGCCCAACGAGCAGCACCCUCAGUCACAAGGUGCUGUCAAGCUACCUCUGAUGGCCCCUUUGCCAGAGGUCCCGAACCGACCUCCGACUCAACCUACGCCUCGUCCAUCCAGAGCAAGAAUGCUCAGCACUCUCCCACCCUCAUAUCAACCCAAGGGUUACUACAAUCCAGAUCGGUGGAAGCCCCCUGAUCAGUGGAAACCCAAGCCGGGCAGUGUCGAAGAAGCUCCGAUUCCUGCCACGGAGGCGUCUCCAGUUGCCCAAGAAGCUCCUUUGGUCGUGCCAAAAAAGCGAGUCCGGCUACCAAAAGACACCGAGGCUGCUUACGCGGCGACUUUGAGAGUUCAGGCUCUGCAGAUGGAGUUAAAGAGAAUGGCCCAGGCAACUCCUGAGGUAGCCCUCGCACGUCUCAAGGAGAACUGGGGUACUGUUACAGAUCCCAUAGUCUACCAGCAGCUUGAGCAGGAAAAGAAGCGAUGGAUGCUGGCCUCCCUGUACGGGAUGGAACAGCAGAUCAGGGGCGGUGACAAUACAGCUGUCACUGUGGCCGGAGCGCAGCCAUUUGUCCAAGGUCCAGAUGUCUUGUCACUGUUCGAUUCUGACUCUACAACAUCCUAUCUCGCAGUCCUCCACCCGGAGACGAGUAUCAAGCACAUGAACUCAACUCCCAUUCCUCAUCUUCAGUACCCGAAUGUCCAGUCCUUUCCCUGGCCUGUCUCACCUUCACUUGCCCUGGAAGCGAACAAAUUCACCUCGGUCCAUUGUUUGUCCAUGCCCUCUUUGCUGGCAAGCCAAGAGAUUCCCCAGCUUCUCCAGAAGAUCUACCACUGUCUCGCCCCUCAAGGAGUGUUGCAUCUUGUGGUGAUAGAUCCAUCACCAGUAGCCCACUCUCUAGGACCACACAUGAGAGAAUGGCUGGAAGAACACCUGACCACCAGCCUGGAGGCCGAAUUUCGAUGCAUCACCCCCAGCAGAGUGUUUCCGAGAUGGCUGGAGGCAGCCAAGCUCGACGGCCUAAACAGUUUCACCACCAAGAACAAGUUCCAAGCCAUCCCGCCUUCCCAGUCGCGCCACGACAAUGGCAAGGGCAAGGCCAGAGCAAUGGAUCCUCACGACCAGGAGGCCAUGAUUAUGGGAGACCUCCGGAGCGUGGUUGGCAGGAUGCUGUGGCAGGACAUGUGGUCCAAGAAUGUGCGCGCAAAGGCCUGGUGGUGGGAGAUUACGGAAUGCGUCGAGGAGUGCAUUCAGCUUGGUACCUACUGGGAGUAUUCCAUCAUCCAGGCAACCAAGAAUGGUGAAGACUGUAGCGGCAACUCUCACCGCAGUUCGUACUAACCUGCUGGACCCAACGAUACUGGGUGCUCUUUCUGACGAUCACUUGCCAAUGGAACCAGCUGUAUCGAAACUCGACAACAUUCUUGCUAUUUGUUCCGUUUCGGCCUCCAGAGAAUCAAUUAUUGACCCUGGAAUUACAGGACAGAGCGACCGGUCUCCUUGUGCAUCGAAACGGCUUUGCCAUCGAGUUAUUGUAACAACAGUUGGCUUUUUUAUCGACCAAGGGCUCCCUCUAUUCAGGCAUGAAUUUUUCUUUCUCUGGUACCGCGCCUGUUCUGACUUUGGACAAGUUGUGCAACAUUCUCAUGAACGGGGCCAACAAGAAUCUCAAAAACCGGAAGCUGGGCAAACGAAAUGGGGGGCUAGCCUUUUUAUUCAGCCUGUAUAUUUGUCAUAGAGAUUUCCAAAUCGGGCUUUUCUUUCACCGGGUAAGAGAGGAAGUUUCUCUUGAAGUCAGGGGGCAAGGUUGGAAACCAGGCUGGUUUGGUCAGUGGCUUUUGUUUUUCUUUUCUGUUCCCCCCCCCGCCCCCCUCACAAAGCUCGAGGAUAUUACUUAGCUUUGGGGGUCUUUUUUUUCAUGUAGUGUAUGUAGCUUCCGACAAGGAAACGAACUUUUGUAUGAUCUGGGUUUGAGUCUCUUUGGCUGAUGUUUUGUCAUGGGGAUGGGGAAGGUUUUCUUUUUGUUUUGAUGUGUUGUAUGAAUAGUACGUGAUCAUAGGGG